AUAUAUAUAUAUUCCCCUUCCAAAAUUUCUCCUCUAACACUCCAAAAAUUUCUUCUAAAGUUGCACAAAAAAAAAAAUGGAGGGGUUGAUCCCAUUUGUUUACAAAGCAAUAGUGGAGUACAAAAAUGGAAGGACAACAUGGAUGAAUGAAUCGCCUUCAGCUUCUUACAUGAGACUUCCAGGCGAUUCGGGUCGUUUUGAAACGUCCGAUAUACAGCUUUUUGGACAUGUUGAUACUAUGUUUUCGACGACUUCAUCUUCAACUUCAUCUUCUGCAUCCACUGUCACCAAAAGAAUGGUGUCCGGUGGAGUUCAGUCACCGGUGGCUAGGUGCCACCGGAUUUCUACUCGUGCAAUAUGAAGUAAAAAAAAUAUAACUUUUGCUAAAGGAAAAAUCAAUAGCAAAAUAUGGUGGAAUUAAAUGAUUGUAACUAGAGGUACGGUGGGUUUUCAUGUGUGACCAUCUUUUCUUCUUGUUCUUCUUUUUUUUUUUUUGGAAUUUUGUUUGGUGGUUUUUAGUUUGGUGUAAGUUUGAGGAUUAACUAAAGGGACCUCAGACUUUUACUACUUACUUUCAUGGUUUCUUGUUUGAGGAUAACCAAAGGGAACUCAGACUUUUGCUUUUCUACGUGUACUUUAAUUUCAAAGUGUAUAUAUUGGUUGGUCAUGUUAUGUAGUGUACUGUGUAUAUGUUGUGUACGUGAUAUAAAUUGUCAAAUUUUCUGUUUA